UGAUGCUGACGAGGCAGAGAAGAGUCUCUCCAGAUCAGAACACCAGAUGGACAAUGCUAGCCCUUCCUCCCUGCUGCAGUCCCUGUGUCGUGCCUCUCCCAGUAGCGCCUUACUGCUGGGUAUGAAGAGGUUGUCUGUGCUGCUGGUGGACUGCAGGAAAACAACGGGGCUGAGUGGAACUGUGAGAGGAGGAGAAGAGAAGAAAGGAUCAGAUUUGACUCACCGAAGAGAAAGACCAGACUCAGUGGAACCAGAGCCAGGGACGUCCAAACCCGCAAGACGACACCAGUGCUCCUACUGUGGAAAGGGUUGUAACGGGUUAUGGGCCCUGAAACGACAUGAGAGAAUACACACAGGGGAGAAGCCUUAUCACUGCUCCCAGUGUGGCAAGUGUUUUAACCAUUUAGGGAACCUGAAACUACAUGAGAGAAUACACACAGGGGAGAAGCCUUACCACUGCUCCCAGUGUGGCAAGUGUUUUAACCGGUUAGGGAGCCUGAAACAGCAUGAGAGAAUACACACAGGGGAGAAGCCUUACCAGUGCUCCCAGUGUGGAAAGUGUUUCUACUGGUCAGGGGAUCUGAAGAAACAUGAGAGAAUACACACAGGGGAGAAGCCUUACCACUGCUCCCAGUGUGGGAAGAGUUUUAGCGAGUUAUUUCACCUGAAAAGACAUGAGAGAAUACACACGGAGAAGCCUUACCACUGCUCCCAGUGUGGAAAGUGUUUCAACCAGUCAUGGAAGCUGAAACAGCAUGAGAGAAUUCACACGGAGAAGCCUUUUCACUGCUCUCAGUGUGGCAAGUGUUUUAAUCAGUUAGGGAACCUGAAACAGCAUGAGAGAAUACACACGGAGAAGCCUUUUCACUGCUCUCAGUGUGGCAAGUGUUUUAAUCAGUUAGGGAACCUGAAACAACAUGAGAGAAUACACACGGAGAAGCCUUUUCACUGCUCCCAGUGUGGAAAGUGUUUCAACCAGUCAGUGAAGCUGAAACGGCAUGAGAGAAUUCACAAAAGGGAGCCUUACCACUGCUCCCAGUGUGGCAAGUGUUUUAAGCAGUUCGGGAACCUGAAACUACAUGAGAGAAUACACACAGGGGAGAAGCCUUACCACUGCUCCCAGUGUGGCAAGUGUUUUAAUCAGUUAGGGAACCUGAAACGGCAUGAGAGAAUUCACAAAAGGGAGAAGCCUUACCACUGCUCCCAGUGUGGCAAGUGUUUUAAGCAGUUCGGGGAACUGAAACUACAUGAGAGAAUACACACGGGAGAUGCCUUACCAUUGCUCCCUGUGUGGAAAGUGUUUCAACCAGUUAGGGCACCUGAAACAACAUGAGAGAAUACACACAGGGGAGAACCCUCACCACUGCUCCCAGUGUGGAAAGUGUUUCAACUGGUUA